AAACACAAACGUUAACAAAUUAGGGAUAAGGAAAGAAAAUCUCUGAAGGCCGUCUCAUCAGAUUUCUUUCUCCAUUUUUUCUUUUAACGUUUGGUUUCGUCUCUAAUUCGUUAUCUUCCCUAGAAAAAUCAGAUUUUUUUUCCCUGAAUCAAAGUUGUCUCGUAGAAGCUCUUAAUAGAUCAGACGAUAAUCGAAGCCGAACACCCAUUUUUUCUUUUUCUUCCGAUUCAUCUCUCCGCGACCUGAUCUGAAGCUUUUGUCAGAAAAUAGUCAGAAUUUUUCGAUGACGAUGGUGGUCAAUGGGUGAUUUUGUAGUCUCGUGUUUAUAGAAGAAGCUUAGCUCAAUCAAUUAGAUUACUUGGUAAUCGAUUUGGGUCAAACACUUUUGAUCGAUUUAGCGAUUGGAGCGUGGAUUUGGUUUGAAUUUGAGGGAUUCAUACUGGAAAUUUCCUACUUGGUGAGAAAAAAAAUUGAUUUUGUGGUUUUGUCGUUGAAAAAUUCGAUCUAUUCGAUUAGAGAUCUGGGUCAACUUGGGUUUUCUCGGUAUUAGAGUUUUAAGAGAUCUUAUCAGCUUUUGGGGUUUAAUUUGAGGUGAAUUAGAAUAAAAACAGAUCGAAGAAAGAAGAAAACUUUUUGGUUGGAAUUGUUAAAACCAUGGAUCGUGUGGUUGGUGGCAAGUAUAAGCUGGGACGUAAACUCGGAAGUGGAUCAUUUGGUGAACUUUUUCUAGGGGUCAAUGUGCAAACUGGAGAAGAAGUGGCUGUGAAGCUUGAACCUGCCAGGGCUAGGCAUCCUCAACUUCAUUAUGAGUCAAAGCUCUAUAUGCUGCUCCAAGGAGGAACUGGUAUUCCUCACCUAAAAUGGUAUGGGGUCGAGGGUGAAUACAACUGCAUGGUGAUUGAUCUUCUGGGACCUAGCAUGGAGGAUUUGUUCAAUUAUUGUAGCCGGAGGUUCAAUCUAAAGACAGUUCUAAUGCUCGCUGAUCAGAUGAUAAAUAGAGUCGAGUAUAUGCAUGUCCGGGGAUUUCUUCAUCGUGAUAUCAAGCCAGAUAACUUUUUAAUGGGUCUUGGACGCAAAGCAAACCAGGUGUACAUCAUUGACUACGGGCUUGCGAAAAAGUACCGAGAUCUUCAAACUCAUAGGCACAUUCCCUACAGGGAAAACAAGAAUCUUACUGGAACAGCUCGAUAUGCAAGUGUUAACACUCAUCUUGGAAUUGAGCAAAGUAGGAGGGACGAUCUGGAAUCUCUUGGCUAUGUGCUUAUGUAUUUUCUUCGGGGAAGUCUGCCUUGGCAAGGCCUUCGUGCAGGUACCAAAAAGCAGAAAUAUGACAAGAUCAGCGAAAAGAAAAGGCUUACACCCGUAGAGGUUCUCUGUAAAUCCUUUCCACCUGAGUUCACAUCAUACUUUCUAUAUGUACGUUCAUUGCGGUUUGAAGACAAACCAGACUAUCCUUACCUGAAGAGGCUUUUCAGAGAUCUCUUUAUUCGAGAAGGUUAUCAGUUUGACUAUGUUUUUGAUUGGACAAUCUUGAAGUAUCCACAGUUCGGUUCCAGCUCUAACUCCAGCUCCAAACCAAGAUCAAGCCUUAGACCAGCUCUGAAUCCUCCAGUGCCAUCCGCUGAGAGACCAGAGAAACCUUCAGCUGGACAAGAGAGCCGAGAUAGAUUCUCUGGUGCUUUAGAGGCAUAUGCUAGAAGAAAUGGCUCAGGAAGCGGUGCGGUUCAAGCUGAUCGAUCUAGACCAAGAACCUCAGAGAAUGUAUUAGCAUCAUCAAAGGACACAACACCACAGAACUACGAGAGAGUGGAAAGACCAAUCUCUUCAACAAGACACGCGAGUUCUUCAAGAAAAGCCAUUGUCUCGAGCGUUCGAGCUACUUCUUCAGCUGAUUUCACAGAGAACCGCUCGAGCAGAGUUGUCCCAAGCAAUGGACGUUCCUCAACCGCUCAACGUACUCAGCUUGUUCCUGACCCGACCACUAGACCAUCGUCUUCUUCUUUUGCCCGAGCUGCACCAUCGAGGACUGCUCGUGACAUCACGCUUCAGAGCUUUGAGCUACUCACCAUAGGGAAUGGGAAGAGGAAGUGAGAGGCUUUAUGAUGAGUGAGUGGAGGAAACUGUGACUUUUUUUUAUGGAUACUUGGUUUUUAUUUUUGCAAAAUUAUCGGUUUCCUAAUUUUAAGGAAUAAAACGAACAUCAUUUGAUUAAAAAUUAUAUGUGAUAAAUAUAUGGUCUUAAAGUUUUAACUCA